AUCAUCACUGCGCGACGGAAACACCCUCGCUUAUGGCACGCUCACGUUAGGCGAUAGGUAGAGGUCAUUAUAAAUUAUAGCGGGUGCAAAAUUUGAAAAAGCAAUUAAAACACUAAAUAUUAGGAAAGAUGGUGUUCCUGACUAUAGCCUGCUGGAUUCGUAGUCGUGGUCCAGAUCGCUGGUGGAGGGUACAAGAAGUAUUGAAGCAUGCACGGCACUUCCGAGGUAGGAAGAACCGUUGUUUCAAACUGGCCGUGAGGGCUGUGCGGAGGGCAUUCGUUUAUGCAACCAAGGCCCGACCGAAAAAACGGCGUCUUAUGAGAAGGCUGUGGAUUUCCCGUAUUGCUGCUGGUACCCGGGAACAUGGGAUGAAAUAUCCAGUUCUGAUUAGCAAUCUGGUAAAGACCAACGUUCAGGUGAACAGGCGGAUGCUGUGUGAUCUGGCUGUAACCGAGCCACGGACUUUCCAAUCGCUUGUGGCUCUGGCUAAAGCGCGCAGGGAGGAGGGAUUUCGGGCUGCGCUUGGCGAUGGCAAGGAGCCCCCGGGCAUCUUCUCCCGUAUCGUUCAUUCACACUGACACGGCAUCCAAUGAGGAACCGCAGUGUGCAUCUGGCUCUUUGUCUACUGGCCCCUGUGAAUUCUGCUGUCAAUUUUGUAGCUGUACUGUUUCCAUUUUUUGCACUGCCCUGGAUGGUUAAGCACAGCAACAGCUGAAGUCGAUCAGAAUUCUCCAUGUCAUAAUCAGAUAUUCAGAUGUUAAUGAGUCAUUGAUCUUUCCGUUAAGAAAGGGGAGGUAAGACUUCAGGAGGCACUGGUUGUCCUGCCCAGUAGUUCAUUUUGACUUGUACUUUAUGUAUUUUAUGUAAAUGUAAGUUAAUCUGCUUUCCUGUCUGGAAAACAGGAAGUGUAUCAAGACAUUUAAUAAAGCUUUUUUUGUUAUUCGUCA